AAAUCCUAGGUGGAGCAUAAUUUGGAUAUUGUUAUCUGAGCCUACUGCACAAACAUAAAAGCAUAUAAAUUGAGUCCCUCUGAGUGUGAGAGCUACUUACCCUAGAUCUAAGUUCUCAUUCUUCUUUUCCGAGGACCAAGGCUUACAAGUCAGAAUGGAGCAGAAGGGGUUCUGGUUACUCUCCAUCAUCCUCAUUGUCGGACUCAGUGGCCUGACUGAAGGAGAAGAACUUGCAUCGGCAUGCCAGUGUAAGAAGGCUUCAAGUAACAGAACAAACUGUGGACCACCAGGAAUCACACCCCAGCAGUGUUUGGAUCGAGGAUGUUGUUUUGAUUCAGCAGUCCCUAAUGUUCCCUGGUGCUUCCGGCCUCCACCAAAGAAAUAUAUAGAUAUAUGCGUGAUAGAAAUGGCAUACAGAAAGAACUGUGGCUACCCUGGCAUCUCAGCUGAGGUCUGUGAGAAGAAAGGUUGCUGCUUUGACUCAGCUCCCCCUGCCGUUCCUUGGUGCUUCUUUCCUGAAAAGGUGGAAGAAGGUUGCUAAAAGUGAAUCUACCCAGAAACUGGAACCAGGACCCCCUCUGACAAUUGAAUCACUCAAGCAAGAACAUAACAGUCCUCACAUCUUGAACUUUGUAAUAAUUUUCAUUUCCAGGGCAUUUUGCCUUGGAUUUAUUUCUUUUCAAUGACAUGGUUAAGCAUGGCAUAUACUUUUCUUAGUAGGUUAGCACCAGUCAGCUGUUCAAAAAAUUAAAAAAAAAUCAGAACACAA